UGGUGGCGUGGCAACAUGGUACGCCGGACAUUACUGCACGCAGCACUCAGGGCCUGGGUCAUCCAGUGCUGGUGGAGGUCGAUGCAGGCCAAGAUGCUGGAGCAAAGACGGCGCCUGGCACUAAGACUCUACACCUGCCAGGAGUGGGCCGUGGUGAAGGUGCAGGCACAGGUUCGGAUGUGGCAGGCCCGCAGACGGUUUCUCCAGGCACGCCAAGCAGCCUGCAUCAUCCAGUCUCACUGGCGCUGGCAUGCCAGCCAAACCCGAGGCCUGAUCCAGGGCCGCUACGAGGUCAGAGCCAGCCGGCUAGAGCUCGACAUCGAAAUCCUCAUGACCUAG